AUGGAGGUUAACCACGGCCGCGAGCUAACUCGCGGUUACAGAAAAGAAGAUGUGGGGCGCAUCGUUCAAGCUAUUCGUAAAGGAUAUGAGACUCUCAUGCACGAUGAAAGAGGAGUUUCAGUGGAGCAGGAAACGACAAGGAGCAGGGACAAGGUAGCCAGAACUAACGCAAGACCAACUACGGAGAAGUCGCAACAGGACAGCAGCACAGAUGAGAGAGACAGAACCGAUAAAGUAGCUCACAAAUACCCCAUACGAGGGACAGAGCCCACCGAAAUGACAGCGAUGAACACAGAGAUACACGAGAACAAAUGGAGGACCGGAAAGAAAAACGGGCACACAGGAUCGCAGAAAAAAGCCGAUAGGGGGUUAAAGAGCAGCGGUGGUCUACUGAUGUGUGUAUUCUGCAAGGAGUCGGGAAGCACUGUUCGGAUGCAUGUAAGUGCCACUGGCAGAGUCGUCAUUUUAGACUACGAGGGAGAGUGCCAUCGCUGCCUAGACCGGCACACGGACAGUUGCUCGAAACCGACGCUGUUUGCUGUAAAAACAGUGGACGAGAAACUGCAUACGAUCAUCAUGCCGGCAGCUGCACCCCACCGGACGAAGUACCGGUUACGCCAGCCAGUAGGGAGCUUGAGGACAGAAUUGAGGAAUGUAGAACCGAACUGA